AUGGCGGUGGCGCUGGGAUUGAUGCACUCGGUGACCAAGUCUGUGAAGGGCCAGCUGUACACCUGGGGCAAGGGGCCCGCCACCGGCUUCGACGGCCAGGAUGUGAUCACCACGCCACGGCAGGUGAAGUUGGAGUCCCGCGAUCCUGUCCAUCAGAUCGCCGCGGGGCCGUUACACACCGUGGUGCUGAUGCAGAACGGCGGCAUCAUCUACUUCGGCUCCGGUACCGAGGGCCGCCUGCCUUACAGGAACAUCCUGGACGGCAGCUUCGAGGACGUCGGCCUGCCGACGCCGCUGAAGCCCCCGGACAUGAAGAUCAAGGGCUGGGCGGAGAAGCGGGUGCAAGCGGCACAGAAGGAGAGCGGCAAAGAGAGCUAUUGGCCAUCCAGGUUGUGCUGCGGCAGCAGCAGCUCUGCAGUGCUAACAGGCCAACUCGGCUGGUGGGGAGAGCUGCGGAGCAGGGCGGUUGCGCGAGCUUUCCUGGUCUUGCGAAUCCUGCUGGUGCUGCUUCAGUGUCGACUAGCGCUACCACAAGCUCUUUCCAUGGUCAUCGAGGGCGACACUUAUGUUGAUAUUUAUCACAACGGGGUCUUCGUGGCCUCGGACAUCUCAGCCACCCAGAUCCCGCUGAACGGCGUGCGGCGGACGCUAGCGGAGGGCGCCGAUGCCAAGGUGGUGGUUUUCCCACUGGGUCUUGAGCAAGGCGACCUGGUGAGCCUUCGCGUGCUCACCUCCAGGGCGGCGGCGGUGAAUGUCACCGAUGCCUUGGGCCGCACUUCGGAGUACCCGGCGCCGGCCGGGGUCAUCUUAGCCGACCAGAACGGGAUGAUGUCAUCUUCAGAAUGGAAGUGCAGCACCCAAGAGAAAGCGGAUGACAACGAGAGAACUCCGUUCUUCUACCCAGAGUUCAACGACUCUCACUGGCCAUACGCCUAUGAGCAGCCGGACGACUGCUGCCCUUGGAGGGACACCAGGGAGAUAUGGACCAGAGUGAAUUCCCAGUGGAUCGGGCCCUCUCCGUCCACCUACGCGGGCAACGUGUCUGGGCCGCGGCAGUUCAACUGCCGCUACCGGGUGCCGGGCUACGACACAGCCACCAACCUGCCCUUGGCCGAGAACGCGAAGGCUGACGCUUUCGCGCCCGUGGUCAACAUCACCGAGGUGGCGUUGUCGAUGUCCAUUUCCAAGGUGGUCUUCAACGUGGACCGGUUGGCCACCGUCUACUGCGGGGUCAUCGACGCGCGGUACCAGCUGAGGCCGCCCACGCACCUGGAGCUUAAGCGCUGGGGCAUGGCCAUGGCCAACGCCGUGGGGGAGGAGUUCCUCUUCGCGCUCGUGGGCGAGGAGUUCUCCUCCUCGGAGCUGAACGCCACGGUGUUGGCUCGGCUCUCGGUGGAGGACCUGGAGGAGUGCGAGCAGCACUGCCUGGCGCGGCCGCUGUGCACGGCGCUGGAGUACUACGUGGCCGGGGUGCACCCGCAGAGCGGCACCAACUGCAAGCUCAUCGAGGGAGACUUCGAUACCGAGGACCGGCUGACGGAGUCGCCCAUCGCCAGCUUCACCCAGAAGUUUAAGUACCUCUCCAAGCCCCAGCACACCUUGACCAUGGGAGGCCGGCUCUUCCCGGGCACCGUGUACAACGUCUUCUGCUCCACCGAGGACCCGGCCAACGGAAAGCACUCGAACUACACAGCGGUCAGCGGCACGCUGAUCACCCAACGCUCGGAGGGGUGCUUCAACUGUGGCCUGACUCUGCCUCCUUCAGUGAGCGUUUUGGGCGGCUGGACCGGCCAGACGAACGUGGGCAUAGUGGCCACUGCCAGUCAGGCAGGGCGAGUGUAUUGCGCGGCUUUCAUGGCCAACGCAACGCACCCCCCGGUGAUCUCCGUCGAUACGGUUCGUGAGCGAAAUCUCUUCAGCUAUCUGACGGUCACUGGGUUUUCCGUGUCCAUCAUCAUUGCCGACCUCACGGAGUCCACGGAGUACCAGAUCGCCUGCGCCGCGGAGUCGGACGGCGGCACGGUGAGCACCCAGGCGCAGCUCGAGGUCACGCGCCGCAGCUUCCUCACCCAGGCGGAAGAGAAUAUCAUCAGCUCCAUGCGCAUCACCCGCGCCCCCGGGGUCAUCGGUGACGAGAUCACCGCCAACGCGCAGCUCACGGCUAUCGGCUACCUCUGGUGCCAGGUCUUUCUUACGUCCACCCUGCGGGAGCUGGGCGUGCCCCAGAGAGAGAUCCUCACGGCCGGGGAUAGCCUGAAGGUUGCAAGGAUCCAAGAUCUCACCGCCGUGGUCUUUCCAGAGCUGGACCAGAACUCCUCCUACGAUGUGUGGUGCACCGCGGAGUACAACGACUUCCGCGACGACCAAGCUGGCCAGGACCUGCUGACGCCUUUCCCGAAGAGCACUGUGAUCCGCAUCGAUAGCUCCUACUACGUGGCCCACGUCUUGGUCUACGUGACCAAGGGUCCGGCGGAGAUCUUCUGCCAGGCCUAUCCCUGGGCCUUGCGGCCCUUUACUGAGCGGCCGGGCAUUCCGACCACGGAGCAGUUGCAAGCCUCGCCAUAUACGACCAUCUACCAACAGGUGCUUUCGGGCAUGGUGGUCAUUGAGCUGGAGAACCUGGUGCCGGGCAGGCAUUAUGACGUCUACUGCUACUCCGAGACCUACGUGCCACCCAGCUCCAGCGGAAUCGACACGGCGCCUCGAUUUGGAAUGGACGCAGAUGCCAUCCUGGAGACCAGGCAUUUGCUCAUCACCCAGGGGCCCUUCUUCGACGACUUGGGCUGGUUCUGCGUGUCGGGCCGGCCAUGCAACGUGACUGACCUGCUCGGCUUUCAUCUGUCCGAGAAUGACCAGCUCUUUGUGAGGUCGGACGGCUGCCCUUUGAGAUGCCGCUGCAACGGGGUGGCGGACGACUACGGCAAGGGCGCCAUGUGCUCCGAGAUCUCCCAAGACCCCACGGUGCAGGUCUGCACCUACAAAGCCUCGGUGGGCCUCGGGCACCGGGUGGUCGGCUUCCCCUCGGGCGGCGUGGCCACGCCCUACGGCGGCCUCGGCCGCGACUUCGCGUGGCAGGAGCCGGUGAUCGCCUUCGGGGGGACAUACGACCUCUGCUGGUGCAACGGCACGGAGUCGGAGUCCGGCUGCGCCCACGAGGCGGACUUCGCGGUGCGUCUGGGGCCGCUGCACUUCGGAGGGCCUUCCGAGCUCCAGGCCUCCGCGGAGUCGAUCUGCCGCGCCGGGCUGCCCUGCUCCGUGCCCUUCACCGGGCAGGCCAUCCAGAACGGGUCCCGGCUGGUGGUGCUGCCGGAGGAUCCCCUGGGCUGCCUGUGGCGCCGCAAGAGCCAGGCAGACCCUCAGGGGCUCCUGGACUUCCCCAACGUGGGCGUGUCCGAGACCUUCGACCAGGCCGUGGAUAUGUAUCAUUUCCACGGUGAGCCUCUGAUCGUGGCCGGCGGGCGGUACAACCUCUGCUGGUGCGGGCCCCCGCCACAAGGAAUCACGCGAGUGCCUGGGAAGGACUACCGCCAGCCGGACGGCAUCAUCCCACCGCCCUGCCCGGCGGUGCGUGCAGAGGACGGGGGCGCCUUCUUGUCGCCCGGAGGGAAGCUGGUGGUGGUGGGUCCGGCCGGGCAGCCGGACAGCUCCUGCAGGCUGGGGGUGGACUGCGUGGUGCCCCGGGUGCUGGGCGAAGGCCUGCAGGGCAGCGACCGCGUGGCCGCGCUGCCGAGCUGCGGCCAGGCCGCGCGCCCGCCGCUGGGCUGGGCGCAAGGCGCCGAGGUGAUGGGCCCCGGCUGGACGGAUGCGGGGUGGAUGACCCAUGGCCCCUACCUCCCCCAGGAGCUGCUCUCCGCCUUUGGCGCGCCGGGGGUUGCGCCAACUGGCACGGGCAACGCCUCGGACCGGGGGGUCUACGGCUUUCCCAACAUGGGCCUCUCCGUGGCCUCCUCCAAGGUGGGCUACGUGUCCUGGGAGGGCCCGGUGUGGGCCUUCGCGGGGACCUACUUGCUGUGCUGGUGCGGGGCGGACGCCACCACCGUGGGCUGCAAGUCCCCGGCCGAUUACUUGGUGCCCAUCGGCCGGCUCAUCGUCACGGGCCCCGCGGUGCUGCCCUUGGCAGCGCAGCAGUUCCGCUGCGUCCGGAUGCGGCAGUGCGAGAUCGCCCACGUGGAAGGCACUUUGCCGCCCGCCAGCCAGCUGGGUGUGGCGGAAAUGGAGUGCGGCACGGCGGCGCCGGUGGGCAUGCCCAGGAAUGGCCAGUCCCUGCCCUCCGCAGAUGGGCACCACUUCCAGUGGGGCUCUGAGCGGGUCAUCUCCAACCCUGGGAGAUAUCGGCUGUGCUGGUGCAGCGACGGGUCUGAUUGCACCCUGCCUUCGCAGUACCUGAGCUACGCGGGCAUCCUGCAGAUCAAGUGGCCCACCUAUUCUCCGGAGCGGUUCUUCUGCGAGCUGGGGCAGCUGUGCAACAUCUCGGGGAUCGAGGGGGAGGGCCUGGGCAACAACGACAAGGUGAUGCUUCUCACCAAGUGUGGGGAGGGCAUCCCGGAGAGCGCCACCUUCCUUGAAGGCGCUAUGUCGGUGGCCACCUUCCAUGACGGGACCACGUUUUUGCUGCCUGCCUCGGCCCAGAGCGUGUCAUACCAGGUGUGCUGGUGCCCCGAGGAGAACACCUGCAUGCAGGCCCGGGACUUCAGCCUGGCCCUGGGCCGCUUGGACUUCGGGGGCCCCGUGCCGGAGGUGGUGUACCGCUGCUUCGAGUGGGAGCCCUGCGAGAUCCCGGAGCUGGAUGGGAGCAGCCUGCAAGACGGGGACCGGCUGCUGGUGGUGCCGGAUGGCACCAGCUGCAGGGAGAUGGCGCCCGGCACCUUCCAAGACGGGAUCCCCAACUCAGCAGUCACGGAGCCCGCCACGGAGAACGGCACCCGCUUCACCUGGGGCGAUGGCCUGGUGCGCGCGGCCCCGGGGCACUACGCCCUGUGCUGGUGCAGCAACUGCUCGGAGAACGGGCCCUUCCCCACCCCGGCCGGGGUGCUGCGAGUGGGCUCCAGCAAGGAGUUCCAGUUUCUGGAGCUGCCACGGGACCGCCCGGAGCGGGGGGCGGACACCCAGCUGAGCUGGCUGCUGGCGAUCCCUUUGCCUGCGCUCUUCUUCGGAGCCAUCUGCCUGGGCAUCACCAGGCUCCACAGCCGCAAGGCCCGGGCAGAGCCGGAAGCGCCCUCCGUGGACGGCGUGGUGGAGUACGUGGACCCCCAAAGGCAACGCACCAUCAUCGCCCUGGAGGCGCGGGAGGUGGCGGAGACCAGGGACAACAUCAGCAAGCUGGUGGCGCAGGGCGGCAAGGAGAAGUUCUCCGUGUUGGCCUUGUUCGGCCUCUUCCGAACGCAUUUCGAGGCACUGCUCGAGCGGAAGGCCAAGAAAGCCUGGGACAAGCCGAUGCCAAGAAGAUUAGAGCGGCAGGGGACCGGUCUCAGCACGGUCUCGGAAGUCAGCCACGUGAGCUCCCUGCCAAUGGAGCCGCAGAUGACUGAGUACUCCUUCGGCUCGAACAGGGACAGGCCACCGACGACGCACAUCCCUCAGCCGCCGCGUUUGGACAUCCGCAGCUUCCGCAGUCCGACCGCGAUCCCUGGCCUGGUAGAUAUCGACAUCGAGGUGGAGGAAGCAUGA